AUGGAUCGGAGAUUGAUGGUUAAAAAUGAGUGCUUUUUAUCUGGUGAUCCUUGUGAGUCUUCUUUCCAUGUGUUCGUUGCUUGCCCCUUUGCGAAAGCUGUUUGGGAAGCUGUUGCAAUCCAAGUUCCAACAAAAAGUAUGCUGAAUAUUCAAGAAUGGUUUGUUUAUGUUUCUGAGAAGCUAACAUCUACUGAGGUAGUAAUGGUUGCUAUUAUUUCAUGGGCUUUGUGGUUCAAUCGAAAUAAGGUUCGUGUAGAAAAUUGCUCCAGAUCUCCGCAGGAAAUAGUCCAGUUCUCAAGGGAAUAUAUUCAUCAUUAUCAAGCUGUUAAUUGUUUGAGUGGCGAUUCUAUUGCUCGAAUUGCUUCUAAUAUAAGGACUAUAUGGACACAACCUCAAAUAACUGUUUCCAAAGUAAAUACCAACAUUAUACUGGAGGGUGAUUCUAAGUCUUUCAUUGAAGCUUUAUCAUAG